GAGACAUAGCCAUAGCCAUAAGGUGUUUCUGCUUUAGUCAUACGCAAUCCCUUGUGGAAAGAAAGUGCGGUGAAAGGACAACUAUAAAAGAAUCAAAAAUUUUCACCUUCUUUCAUAGUGUUCGUUAUUCAUUCUCAUUGUCAUCAUGAGUCUUAAUAUUUUAGUUAAAAUAAGAACUUUUGAGAGUACUAUUUUACGAAAAGCUGCAUCAGCUCGUAAUUUAGAAUGGACAAAUUUAUCCAGAUGUCUAAGCACAACAAUGUCACGAACAAUGUUGAAGGAUUCGCCCAAUGCGGCUUUAGAUAAAACAUUACUAAACAAGUAUAUGGAAUUGCCGCAGCCGGACAAUGCGGUGCAAGCAAAGUAUAUCUGGAUUGAUGGCACUGGUGAGGGAAUCAGAAGCAAAACAAGAACUCUCGACUUUGUUCCAAAACACCCUUCAGACUUACCAGUUUGGACCUAUGAUGGUAGUUCAACAUAUCAAGCCGAGGGGGGAAACAGUGAUAUAUUUUUACACCCCGUAGCUAUUUAUAGAGAUCCUUUCCGUAGGGGAAACAAUAGAUUGGUCCUUUGUGAAACCUUCAAUCCUGACAAGACACCAACGAAGAGCAACAAGCGUCACAGCGCCAAUAAGGCAAUGGAAACCGUCGCCUCUUCCGAGCCAUGGUUCGGAAUCGAGCAGGAGUACACAUUUCUAGAUUUUGACAACAGGCCCCUGGGAUGGCCCAAGAACGGCUUCCCCGGACCACAAGGUCCCUACUACUGCGGCGUGGGAGCAGACAAGGUCAUCGGCAGAGACAUCGUCGAGGCUCACUACCGCGCCUGCUUGUACGCUGGAGUCAACAUAUCCGGAACCAACGCAGAAGUGAUGCCCUCACAGUGGGAAUUCCAAGUGGGACCCUGCGUCGGCAUCAAGGGCGGAGACGAUCUCUGGAUAGCCAGGUUCAUCCUCCACCGCAUUGCUGAGGAAUACGGAGUGAUCACAACUCUGGACCCGAAACCCGUUGAUGGCUCUUGGAAUGGAGCCGGUGCGCACACCAACUUCUCCACAAAAGGCAUGAGAAUGGACAAUGGAAUUGUGGAAAUUGAAAAGGCCAUUGAGAAACUCAGUAAGCGACACAUGAAGCACAUUCAAGCCUACGAUCCAAAUGAAGGAAAGGAUAACGAGAGACGUCUAACUGGCAAAUGCGAAACAAGUAGUAUAAACGAUUUCUCCGCUGCAGUUGCAAGCAGAAAUGUCAGCAUCCGCAUUCCGCGAGGCGUCGCCGAAGACAAGAAAGGAUAUCUCGAGGACCGAAGACCCAGCAGCAAUUGUGAUCCAUACUCCGUUUGCGACGCUCUUGUGCGUACCUGCAUUCUCAACGAAUAAACUGGAAUAUCAACGAUGGCAUUAGUUUCGAUGACAAAGUAUAUAAAUAUCAAAUAUAUAUAUAUAUAAAGUUUACAAAGUUUAGCUAUGAGUUUCAUGUUUAUAGAUAUAUUAUUAAUUCAUUUUAAGGAGUAAGGCCACUGUAAACGCAAAAAAAACACGUUUUUAAAAAAAAUUUUCUGAUGAAAGGGAAUACAAUUGAGGCUUCAGAUCUUAAAAGGCCACAUGAUUUUUAAAAAUUAUUGAUUUUUGUGUAAUUGGCAAGUAUUUGUGUUACGCUCCGAAGAAAGGUACCAAAGAAACAAAAAAUUUGAGGUUAUGUUUUUAAUUUUUUAGUAAAAAUACAGAAAGAGAAUCAAUUAUUAAUUAAAAAUUAUUGAUCUUCAAGUCUUCAUUAUAUAUAUACUAAAUAUUCAAUGAAAAUUAGCUUCAAAUUCAAAUAAUUAAAAAUAAACUUAUAAUCAAGAUAAAUCUAACACGAACCAUAACCUAUAAUUUGUUUGCUUCUUUGGUAACUUUCUUGGGAGCGCGUCACAUUUGAAAAAACAAGGUUCAAAGAAUUUUGUUUUAACUAAUAAAAGAAAUCGAUUUUUUGAAAUAUCUACAGUGGCCGCUUACCCCUUAAAAUUACGUUUUUGGCAUCAUAUUUAUUAGAAUGGUUGAAAAUGAACCAGAUUGUGAUAACUGAAACUAUAAAAUUUUAAAGAGGAACAUUAGAAUGUGUUGAAACAAUACUAUACUGUAUUUAUCUGUAAGCAUGAAUAAUGCUUCAAAAAGAAAAAAUUUUAACUCAAAAGAAAUUAAUGAGUAUUUCAUUUCCUGAAAGAUGGUAUUAAAAUAACUGCUUUUGUUGUUUUGGUUUUGGUUUUCAUUUGUGCCAGAAAUAAAUAGAUAAACUAUUUUUUUAUAAUCAUAAUGAAAGUUGUGUUAUUUUUCAAAUGGUGGUAUAUAGUAAUUGACAAUUAAUUUUUUACAAACUGUCAUUGCCAAACUAAGAAUGUACUAAAUGUGUAACUAAUGUUUAAAGCCUUUUCAAGUAUUAUACUUUCUUUUGAGAAAAAUUUAUAUAUUUACUUUCCUAUAAAGUCAAAAUAUAUGUUCUUUUUUUGUUUUUGAACUGCUCUUGUUUUUGCGCAUCAAUUUGUUGAGUAUUGCUGAAAAAUGUUGUUGGGCAAAGUUGUCAUUUUAGAUGUCUUGAUGUUGUGCUCUUCCUUACGAGCUGUCUUAUAUAUUGUGCAAACUUUUUCACUUAAUAUUAGUUUUCACUAGACAAUUUGAUUUCAAAAUGUUUAAAGCACCUAAGUGUUACCUAAGAAGCACAUUAAAGUUUGGUACUGUCUAGUUGAUACCAGUAUUAGUGAAAUAGUUUGGUGAGAAGUAGUUCUGACUAGGCAAUUCAGAUAAUGUUUUUCGGGGUGUCGGUGAUAAAAUGAUUGUUCAGUAAAAUAAUUGUUAACAGUUAGGAAAACUACAAGAAUCUCGCAUAGGAUUUGUUGACCGUAAAGCAAACAACCAUAGGGUUGUUGAAUAAGCUAUUAAACAAAAAUCUUUAAAUCCUGUACGAAAAGGGCUUCCUGAAGAUUUCCAUACUGUUUAUAAACCUAUAAAGAACCCAGUGUACGAGCAUUUAUAGUAGAAUGUAACCUGAAAUUUUUGCCCCAACGAACAUCUGUCAAUUACUUUAAUUUUCUGUACAUAAUUUUAAAUCGUAUACGUAAACGAGUCGAAGGAGGCAUAAAAAAAGAUAUUAUUAAUCAUGUUUUUAAGAGUUCAGAUUUAUUUCUAUUCUACAAUAUUCUUUCACAUGUAUUUUUGGCACAAAAUGCCACAAGGGACGGAAAUAUUUUAAAAAGCAUAAUGCUCUCUUUAUUUUUGAUAGAAAUAUUACAUAAAGUGUUUUAAGUGUCACUGUGCAAUAAUAAAUUGUUGUUAGAAAUAAUAUUAAAGAUUAUAUUUACCACCAGGCUAUAAUUAACUGGUUGACAAUAAGAACCCCACCGAUACAAACUCAAUGCACGCUGAGCUCUCAGGGUGACCACCUUGGGAGUUCCUAUCGGGGCAGGGAAUAUAGUGUGCUAAUUAAAUAUUUCAAUCCAAAGUGACAAAUGCACGUUUAGUUUUCUCUAAUGCUAAGCACUAACAUAAGUCAGUUUGAAACUUCAAUGCGGCGUAUGCUGGUACCAUCGAUAAUUAAAUUGUAUAAAAAUUUCUAUUUGUUUAUAGAAAAUAUAUAAAAGUAGAAUCUAUGUAAAACAUAUAUAACUAAUGAGUUCUUUAAUCAAUAAAAGCAAACUAUUAUUUUUAAA